AUGGCUGUAAUUCUCUCAAGCACUCUCCUCGCUUGGAAUUAUGGUGAAGAGUGCCAACUGGAAGCAGAUAGAGAUGAGUCCUCUCUAUCCCGCGCAAGGCUAUUUGGCGACACGAAUGGGACGCUGUUUAUCCGCGAGGGAGAUAAACAUCUCGACGUGAAGAUAAUUAGAGGAAUAGGGAUAUUCCUCGUCGAAACCGAUUUGAAUUCUCCUCCGGUCUUUGAUCACUUUCUGAGAAAAUUCGAAGCGUCUCAUGAAAUAACUGUUCUGCUACACAUCAAUCGUAUACCUAAAUAUCAUGUAGCCCCCUCAAACCGGCUCCGAAGCUCUGCAACCCCCAUCCGUGGGGUAUAUCGCGUCACCCUCUGCCUUGGUUAUGGCGAUACCAUUAGCUGGGUCGCCUUCGAGCAAUCAUUAAUAGAUGAAUUGGAAAUGCUGAUAUCCAAAAAUACCGCUGCCACCCCACCCACCGACGCUGAGACCGACUGCGACCUUGACCCUCAUCAAAGCCAACCGCUCAAAUCAUCAUCGCCACGGUCACCCCUUUCCUUCCAGCUCCCCAGGUCCACUUCAUCCGGCGACAUCCCCCUGUCAAUCAUGUCAACGAUUCACACCCAAGCAGACCAUCACCAACACGAACAGCUCGCCCCCCCGGAUCUAAAAGCCAUAACACAAAAGCCCAUCACGUAUAUAAUCUGCAGGGACAAGCUGUUUAUCAAGGAGGAGUCGAACUUUGUGCGCCGGGCAAUACUCACGGUAUUUGUGGCCGUGAGGAAUCAGCAGCGGACGAAGUUAUCGCAGCUGGAAGUGCCGGCUGAUCGGUUGGUGGAGAUUGGGUUCUCGAGGGCUGUGUAG